AUGUCGCCACAAUUGAAAGAAUUUAAAUUCAUUCCUGUUGAAUUUGCGCCCCCUCCGCAAAGACCUUUGAACCCAAAGCAAAUAAAUCGAAUAAUGAAAAGGAGGGAGGCAAGAAAGAAGAUCGGAAAUAGAAUUAGGGCUACCAGAAAAAAGGUAGUCCGGAACCGGGAUGCGCGAGGUCGAUUCGCUCAGAAAUAA